UCUCACCUUCCUCACCUUGUCUCCAAAUUGUCCUACAUGCGCUGUCCCUCUAAUAAAAUAAUUUCUAAUCCUGAUAUAAUAUAUUGUAUAUAUUUAUAUAUAUUCGAUAAUAAGAUGUACCGAUGUCUUUUCUUUAUGGUCUCUACACUUUUUACAAUUCAGAUUUUACUACAGGCUUCACUUCAGACAUCUGAAGAUAAAAAGCGAACACAGUGUUUACUCUUGUCCAUAAUACAAGUACAGGAAGACACAACAACUCCAUAUCUCCAUCAAUCCCUUUUUUCCUUUUGAAUGCUUCAGCAGUGUGCUAUUAACCCCCUGAGAAUGGUUUUCUUUGUUCUGAAACAAAGACCCAUUGUCCUGUACCUCAGGCACCUAAUGGCCUCCAAGGGAUUCAGGAGAUUCCUGAUCAGUGCAUCAGAAAAUUACAGCUCUUAGGAGAAAGCUUUACUAUUAUCUGAUAGAUCAGGAGACAGUUUCUAAUUGUUUGUGCGGUUAUAAGAUGGUGUAGAGCUUAAGAGGAGCCUUUGUUUUCUUCAGUGCUUCAUGUCAAGGUUGGUUUGAUCAUCUGAAAGUUUCAGGUUUAACCCACACCUGAUCCAGGCUCGUUAUGAAGCUCUUCAUGAGUCAGGUGCCGAGCCAGAUCAGAAAAGACCUAAAGCAGGAGAAGUCGAUGUGUGCGAGAGAUCAUUGGAUAAACCACUGAGAAGAGGGAAGACGGAGAAUUAAUUUGAGAAGUCACCAUGGUAUUCACCACAAACUGUGUGGAGAAACCCAUCCGAUCUUGUCUGGGAAGAGUCGGCGGAUUCGUCGGACGCCAUCCGUGGUGGUUCGUCGUCAUCCCACUCGGUCUUUCGGCAGCUCUCGGCGUCGGGUUCUACUUUCUCGAGGACAGAAAGUCUAAUGACCUCGUGAAGCAGUUCACACCAGGUGACGGCCGUGCGAAAGUCGAGAAGAGUUUCUAUGAAACCUUUUUCCGAAGUAGCGACGACGAUGACGAUGAUACUGGUGGCUUGUUUUCUGCUCUGAGGUUGAGCGACGACGGUACAUACUCGUCCGCAAUCUUCAGCUCUGUGACGAACAUCCUCAGUGAAGAUGCGUUGACGGAAAUCCUAGCCGUGGAUGACUGUGUCAAGAGAAUGUCCGUGGAAUAUGACGGACGAAAGUUUUCCUAUAACGACGUCUGCGCUCGGGUGAACGAAUCCUGUCAGGAGAACCUUCUUAUCAGGAUUUUAAACGGCAAUGCAAGCAACAUCCAGGGGUUCAACCUGACGUUUCCUUUAUAUCAAGACGAUCUACUCGGUGUAGUUCAUCUAGGACAUUUGGUCGGGCAGGUGGACGUGGACGGGUAUGGAUUUGUUCAGAGUGCCAAGGCAGUGAGACUCGUUUACUACCUACGGCAAACAAACAGCACGCUGGAGAACACCUGGCUGAGAGGUUUCGUGGAUUUGCUGGGAAACAUGUCAACAAAUGCGACACAGGUGUCCUAUUUCACUUCGAAAUCGAGGCAAGAAGAAUUUGAGAAGAGCUCGGCGUCGGUCACGUGGCUUUUUUCCAUCGCGUACUUCAUUGCCGUUCUGUUUUCGGUGCUGUCGUGUAUCAGGCUCGAAAACGUAAGGAACAAAGCGUGUGUGGCCUUGCUAGGAGUGACCUCGACCGGAUUAGCCGUGCUUUCCAGCUUCGGCUUACUCUUGCUUAUGAACGUCCCAUUUGUCAUAACCGUGGCCACGUCUCCGUUCCUGGUACUCGGGAUCGGAAUUGAUGAUAUAUUCAUCAUGAUCUCCUGCUGGCAGCAGACCAACGUGCAAGACAGUGUACCAGAGCGUAUGGCUGCCACGUACAGAAAGGCAGCUAUUUCGAUCACCAUCACCACCUUGACCGAUGUCGUCGCUCUUUACAUUAGUUCCAACAACCCCUUCGGUUCGGUGCGGUCGUUCUGCCUGUAUGCUGGCACAGCCAUCUUUUUCUGCUACCUCUAUAACAUCAGCUUCUUCGGCGCAUGUUUGGCGUUGAACGGCAAAAGGGAGGAAAGCAAUCGUCACUGGUUGACGUGUCUAAAAGUUCCGGAAGAAAGUCUGCCCGGAUCUUCAAAAGCUCAUGUUGCAUGCUGCGUAGGGGGAAGCUACAACCACGAAACUGGAACCGAAGAGGAACACUUGAUGGAAUUGUUCUUCAGGAAGUUCUACGGACCUUUUUUGACCACAGGUCCUGCCAAAGCCACAGUGGUUCUCCUUUACAUCAGCUACAUUUCCAUCAGUAUCUACGGAUGCACUACGAUCAAAGAAGGGAUUGACCUAAAGAACCUCGCAGUGGAUCAAUCGUACGUGGUCGAGUACUACGAAGACGAACAGAUGCACUUUGCAGAGUACGGUCCGAUCGUCAUGUUGGCGAUCAACGCUACGUUUCCGUAUUGGAACGAAGUGGAACGAGCGCAACUUGAAGCUUGCAUUUCAGAAUUCCAAGCCCUUCCUUUUGUCGGGAAUUUGACCACAUCUUGGCUUCAUUCGUUUGAGAGUUAUGCCAAAGAAAAGCACCUCAACAUCAGCUCGGAUGUUGAAUUCAUGGACCGUCUACAUCCUUUUCUACAAGGUCAACUGAUGCUCCAAUUGGACGUCAACACGUCUGACGGUACCAUUCAAGCCUCGCGUUUAUUUCUUCAAACGCGUAACAUUCCGUCGGAGAAGCUCAUGCUAGAAACGUUGAGAAAAACUGCCCGGAAUUGCCAAUUCCCUUUAGUGGUGUACCAUCCUGCAUUUAUAUAUUAUGAUCAAUACACCGUGAUUGCAAGCAACACCAUUCAGACGGUCAGCAUCGCUACUGCCGUGAUGCUCGUCAUCUCGCUUGUACUCAUCCCAAGUCCAGUUUGUGCUUUAUGGGUCACUUUCGCCAUUGGAUCCAUUGUCGUCGGCGUCACAGGCUUCAUGGCCUUGCUCGGCAUCAGCUUGAAUUCCAUUUCAAUGAUCAACCUGAUCAUUAGCAUCGGGUUCUCUGUGGAUUUCUCAGCUCAUAUAUCUUACGCAUUUGUAUCCAGUGCCAAACCUGGUGCGAACGCUAAAGUCGUGGAGGCUCUGUCCCAUCUCGGCUAUCCCAUACUACAGGGGGCGUUGUCUACAAUCCUCGGGGUGGUGGUGCUCUCCGCAUCCAUAAGCUACAUCUUCAGAACCUUCUUUACCAUCAUGUUACUGGUCACUUUGUUUGGUUUGUUUCACGGCAUUGCGUUCAUCCCCGUGUUUUUAACUUUUGCUGGAUUUUGCCUCAAGUUUUAACGUCAUUAAUUAUUUCGUGUCUACAACAGUUUCCACGGGGUCUUAAAAAGUCUAAAAAAGGGGGGAUUUUUGUCAAGCACAUUAAACAUUUAUUAAAAGCUUUUUCACAUUAUUAUCUACAGCAUUAUCAUAAUUGGCUGUAUAUUAACUUAUUGGGAGGAAACCGGUAGCUCUAUGUGAAAUCAGACAUUGAGCACCAUCAUAUAACCAAAAUCCUCGUUUCAUGACAACGAAGAUUCUGUGAGGAUUGGAGUGCGAGAUUGGGAGCUGAAUCAGGCUUCUUUUAUUCAAGCAUUCGACUAGAAGAAGGACACCCCUAAAUUUUGAUAUAUUAUUUCUGUACAUUUUCUAAAUUAGAUGUUGUCUUGGAGAACACUGGUUAGGACAUUGUGAGCUCAAAUCCCUGCACCGGCAAGCUGCCACUGCUGUUGCGCACUUGAGCGCUUAACCCUCAAAUGCUCAGUUGUAUAAA